UGCGGGGCGGAGCCGCGGGGUGCCCCUCCCGGCGGCGCUAUAAACCGGCGGGGCUCGGGCGCGGGGCUGCCUUCGCUGGGGCACCCGGGGCCGGGGCGGCCGGGACGCCUCCUGUCCGCAGCGAUGGCGAGGGGGCGGCUGUCGGGGGGCGCCUGGGGGGCCUUGGUGCUGCUGGGGCUGAUGCUGCCGGCGGCCCCGCCGGCCGCCGCUUGGUACAAGCACGUCGCCAGCCCCCGGUACCACACGGUGGGGCGAGCCUCGGGGCUGCUCAUGGGCGUCCGCCGCUCCCCGUACCUCUGGCGCCGGGAGCUGCCGCCCGAGCCCCCCCGCCGCCCCGGGGGUCCCGCGCCCGCCGCCCCCCAGCCCCCGGGCAGCCCCGACGGGGGGUCCCCGCCGCCCGCCCCCCCGCCGCCGCCGCCUCCCGGUCCCGGUCGCCUCCUGCAGCGCCUGCUCCGGCGGGGUUGGGGCUGGGGGGGAGCCCGGCCGGCCCCCGCCCGGCCGCCGCCCGCCGCCCGCGGAGCUCAGCCUCUUCCGAUUGAAGACUUGGCUCUGCUCCGCUGAAGGGUCCCGGCAGGGAUGCUCCGGGCGCUGGAGGAGCGCUGGCUGCCCGAGGUGGGGACUGUUUCCAUGGCUGGUGAGGAGGAGUUUCAUCGGCGGCUCUCCGGGUUUCUGACCUCUCUGAAACCAUACAGACAGUUGCAUUUGAAAAAAUCUGAUUUUUCUUGCCCACUGUCCAGACACAGUGGUAAAUUCAUCUUGUUUUCAGGUCAACUUAGUGCUAUAAACUUGGGGAGAAAUACACAGGGAAAAUAUUUAUUUUGUUUAUUUUUUUUAGAUUUCUGUACUAGCUUGUUUGCAAUAUGACACAAACAUGUACUGUUUGCUUCCUAGGAACCUGCCCUCAUUAAAAUGAGAAUCGAUCAAAGGAAA